AAACAAAAAUAAACGAUUUGCUAGAGUGAAAGCAAUGUCAGUUUUACAAAAGUUUGGGAGAAAAAAGAGUAUUAAAAUAGUGAAAAAUUUGACCCCAUCAUUUAAAAAAGUAUCUUGAAUAAUAGAUAUUGAUGUCUUUGUAAUGUGUCUAUUGCUAAGAAAUAAAAACGAUGAGAGUUAUUCCUUGGAGAGUGUUUAUGAUUGGAGCGGUUUUUACAAACAUUAUUAUAGCUGGUAUUAUGUGGUCAUAUCUGGAUUGCGAUUGUUCGAAACCAGAUAAAAUUUACACUUCAUAUAUUCGAGAUGUACAUAAAGAACAUGGUUUCGAAAAGAAUAAUAUAAAUUACACUGAAUUACAAUUAGCGUCUGAAAUAAUAAUUGUGAUCAGAGAUUUUGAACUUUUUGAAAAUGAUUUACCGAACACUACUAAAUCGAUCAGUACAAUUCUACCUGCGGUAAAAAUACUGCUUAUCACAGACAAGAUUAUUUACCCACCUUUAAAAUUUGACGAUCAUGUAAAGGAUAACGUUCAGAUUAUCAAUUUAAAAUCAUCAUUAUCUAAGCCUCAACAUAUUUCUUUGCCUAUGAAUUAUAUUGAUAAAAAUCAUGUGUUCAUUUUCCCAGAUGCCGUGCAUUUGGAUUCUCAAUCUCAGUUAUCUCAAAUGCUAGAACUGCAUAGUAAAUAUCCUAAUAAAAUCAUCGCUGCUCCAAUAGAAGAUAGUCUGUCUGAAUGUUUAUCACUUAAUAUAAGUCUUCGUUAUUGGACUCUGAAAUAUAGUCGAAAUAGUAAAAAAUCGGAUUGUGGUGCACUUGAAGGUCAACAUGUGUUUUUAGUUACAAAAUCCUUGUUGGUGCAAUUAGGAUUUCCUUUUUCAAGGCCAUUUUCAACUUCAUUAUUUAUUCAAGCUGCACUUUUUAAAAUUGAGAUUAAACUUGUGAAAGAUUUUGCUUUCAAAAAAAGGAAAACUCUUUUUUCUGAUGAACAUUCCAAAAUGAAGCAUGAUACUCUUGAAAUGCAAAGAAAACAAAUCUUAUAUGAAGAGUUUGGCAUUAAGAAAAUUAUUUUUCCAGCAUCCAAAGUAGAAUGGCAUGGUUGCAAUAAAAAGACUGCUCGUUGUUUUGGUACUAUAGUAGAUAAUAUGCCAGAAUAUUUGUAUGAAGGUAGAUGGACUCCACCCUGCUGUAUAGAAAAUUUAAGAGUAACCACACGUUAUGUAAUUGGUAUAUUAGAAAAGUGCAGGGUUAGAUAUUGGCUUGAAGGCGGAAGUUUGUUAGGAGCAGUACGCACUGGAGAUAUAAUCCCUUGGGAUUAUGAUGUUGAUAUUGGAAUGUAUAAAGAAGACAUUCAAAAGUGUGAAUGGUUAAAAAAUACACAAAAACAAUCUUUUGUAGAUACUCAGGGAUUUUUAUGGGAAAAAGCUACUGAAGGUGAUUUUAUAAGAGUACAAUUUAGUGCCACAAAUCACCUUCAUGUUGAUCUUUUUCCUUUUUAUUCAAGAAAUGGUACUAUGACUAAAGAUACUUGGUUUGUAGAUCACAAACAAGAUAUGGAAUUCCCUGAACAUUAUCUAAAGCCAUUUUAUACGAUAAAAUUUGUAGGCAUUACAGCUUCUGCACCUAAUAAUUAUCGAGAAUUUUUGGAAUUAAAAUUUGGAAAAGGUUCUAUUGAAAAUCCAGAAUAUCCUGAUCCUACAAAAUUAAAAUUUUCUAGGAGGAACUGAAGACAUCUCAUUUUGUUAGAUAUUUAAGUUGCAUAAUUACACAUAUAAUUAAGGUUAUUUUAACCUUUAGUCAUUUUUUGUUAAUUCAUAGUGAUGUAGUUUUUUUAUGUCACUAUUGAAUACUAGUUAUAAGCUUUUUGAACUAUUAUUUUCUUUUAUGAAAAUUUAGAAUAGCCUAUUUUAAGAAAAAGAAUAAAAUAUU